AUGUCUUUCCAUCCCCAGACCCCUCAGAGUCCUUCGCAGUUAUCACCCGGUACCUCCGAUCUUGCCUCCAGCAUGAACAGUUCACUCACUUCGCUCACAACCCUGCCGACACCCGCCCACAGCGUCAACGGAAGCACAUCUCACCUACCAGAUACGUCUCACGACUACGCGAUGGGUGACGACACGCCCCAGAAACGCAAACGCUCAAUCGGCGACGUUGGCGAGCGAGACCAGAAGAAGCCCCACGUCGAGGACGGCAAACUCGAUAUCGAUGACCUCCAUCAGGAUGUCGGAGAGAAAUACCUGCUUUGUCAAACUCCACACCGCACGCAAGAGUUCCCAUGCAUUACCGAAGAUCUCUUUGAAAUGUUCGGUCUGACAGAAAUCGCCGCCGAAGUCGCACGUGAGAAAUCCAAUGGUGACAAGACCAUCAAGAACGGCCUGCGCAAGACUUACAAGGGCCACAUCAAGCGACUGGGCAUCAUGGGAAGAUUUGACUCUGUCGCCCAAGAGUGGGAGGAGCCCGAAGAGGUGGAUGAUGACGGCGAUCAAGAUGAGGACGAUCGCCCAACGCAGAAGAAGGAGAAGAGCAACGAGCCCUACUUUGGCUUUGGCAAGAUCAUGAACCUGAGCGAUCCAGAGUUCUGGCACGGACGGAGCUACCUCAUGCAGGGUUUGACGCCCAGGGCGAGAGCAGAACUCCCCAAAGCGCUGGCGAUGGCAAAGGGUCAGAUCCCCGAAGGAUUUGAUGCCUCUGUGUUGAACGAUGACGGCUCUAGACCCGCCGCUGCCGCAAGAUCUGCGGCUCCUGGCACCCCGAUUGGCACACCUGGGUCGAACAUGGGUCAACUCAAGCAGGCUCAAGGCAUUCCCCGUCCGCAACGGGUGAACAAGAAGCGAGGUUACGGCGAUAACUCUUUUGAGGGCUACGAGGGCUACGAAGAUGGCUACGCCACAGGCGAUGGCGACGACCGUGGAGGUCAGAAACGCCGAAAGAAGGCUGUCGGCACACCACAGUUCCAGAAUGGCACGCCCCGCCCAUCCUACGGCUCAGGAAUCGGGGUUUAG